AUGUCGUUGUCCGUGGCAAGCCGCCGUCGCUACCAGACGACAGCAACGUCGACGUCGCAGCUGACGUCGACGUCGACUGCGUCGCUGGCCGUGCGCAAGCAGCAUUCGCUCAUGGAGCCGGCCAGCCACGCCCAUGGCGUAAGCAGAUAUUCAGCCCAGCAGCGCGGUUAUUUAACGCGUGGCCUCUCCGUCGGCCGCUCCAUUGAGAACAUUCGCCAGAAGCUGUACGCGCCCAGUCCGGCGGGCCGCCUGAGUCGCCAGACAUCCUUGGCCCUUGACGAGUCCGCGGCCAGAAUGGCGGGCCGGCUAACGCCCUCGCAGCCGGACCUUGGCAUUCGAUUGAGGGACAAGAGCCUGGUGGCCUGGUCAUCAACAUCCUCUCUGCAGAAGACUCAGUCAGUCAAUCAAUCAGUAAACACUCAUAUGCUUUCUUGAUCCCACAGCGCCAAGGCGGACAAGAAUCGCAUCAAUCUCAAUAUUGUGCUGGCGCAGACGAUACGCGCCACCAACGAGCAGGAGCCCAGCCACAGCGACAUUGACAGCGCCACGGAGUGCAGCGAGCUGGCCAAGGAGCAGAGCACAGCAUCCAAGCCGACCCCUACUGAGGCGAACGUCUCGUCCGCUUUGACCGUUCAGCGGCGUCCGCCCUUGGUGCGCGCCAUGUCCGCGCCGGUGCGCAUGGAUGAGAGCAGCAAGAGCGCCCUUGCCGCCGCCAGCAAGCGCAGCCAGCAGAAGCUGCGUAGGCGCAAGAUCUUCACGCGCGCCACCUCCUCGGUGGCGGUGCCGCCCGAUAACAGCCCCAUGCUGAGCACCGAUGCCAGCGGCUCCGGCAAGAAGGCCCUCAGUCGCACACGCAGUGUCAUUGCGCAGGAUGUUAUUACCCUGGUGUCGCUUCUCAGCUCCGAGGGCAGUGACUCGGAGCGUGAGGAGAACUCCUCCGCCUCCAGCGAGAAACAGCCGCCGGCGGCAUUGCAGCGCAGUCCGCAGCGACGGGCGCCUCUGCUGCGCAAAACGGGCAAAUCGGUCUCGUUUCAAGACAGCUAUCCGCCCACCUUUCAACUGGCCUCCAAGGAGUACUCGCACAUGAUCAGGCGCGGAUCGAUUGCCCCGCUGGCUGCGCGCAUUCGCGCCAAUCGACCCCCGACGGCGCCGCCCGUCUCCAUUUUCCUCAGCGAGCCUGGCAGCAAGUCGGGUAUUCAGAUGGAGUCGCGUCAGCGACAGCAGCAGCAACAGCUCUCUGACUCAUCCAGCUCACCUUCGGAGGAGGACAAGAAGGAGAACAACGCAGCCAACUGCAACGUGCAGCAGCAGCAGCAGCAGCAGGAAUACAAUUUCCCGCUGUACGUGUGCAGCAUCAAGGAACGCGAGUGCUGGAAGCUGCAUCAGAAGAUGUGCGCCAAGGGUGUAAGUGUUAGCUAUGACACCGUGCUGCGGGGCAUGUUGACGCCCACGGAAUUCCGUCAGUUCCAAAAGCAGCGCGAGCACGAGGAGGCCAAGGCCCAGGAGGCCGCCGAUGCACAGGCCGAGGCUGAGGCUGCCGUCGCCGGCGAGAAGGAGACCAAGAAGUCGCCAACAACGGCCAUCGAACGCCUCUCCGAGUCCCUGCUGCAGAGAGAGUGAGCACGGCAGACUGGACACGGCCGAGGACCAAGUUAUGCAUUUGCCCUAAUAAAACCCAUUCAAGCCCCUUUCACGGGCAGAUCUUCAUACGUAGAAGUAGAGCGCACUCGUUAAACAGCUACGCACCCAGCUGAGUCACAAUCCGAGGAUGCAUCCU